AUGUCUGGCAAUCCUCUACUUCCGGCGGCAGCUUCUGUUGCCCGAUCUCAGUUCGCUCCAGAAGACCUCCACUCUCGUGCAAAUGCCAUGCUCCGAGCUUCACUCGCCAGCGGAGAUAUCGGAGAAUCUUCACACACCCCACAAUCUUCGAUCACGUCGUCCCAACCCUCAAGAGACAGCCUCCGGUCUCGCGCGAAAGCCAUGUUCCGUGCUUCGUUUUCCCGCGGAGACCCUAGGGCAUCUUCAUCCACUACUCGGUUAUCCAAAUCGCCCCCUAGAACGAUGGAGAGAAUCGAAGCGGGAGAUGCACUCCCUUCCCUCCCUCCCAGCUACGUCACAGAAGCGGAGUAUCAAAUUGUGCAGGCCCCAUCUUCGCCACCGCCCACCACCACGUCCACCAUGAUGCGUAUGAAGUACGAGCAGGCACUAGUGGAAAAGCGCGAAGCUGAGCGCGUGGCCGCCGACCUCAGACGCGAGGCGGAUCUCGGGCCGAGUGAGCUCGUAGCCGAAAAACGUGUACUUGAGCUCAAGUACGAAGCUCUGAAGGCGAAGAAAGCAGCGUCGGUACGUUCCGGUUCCGGGACCGAAUUGUUCAAAAAAGCAUAUUCUACCGAUGUUCUCUUUCUCAUGGACACCACGUCUUCCAUGCUGUCACAUAUCAAAGCCGCCAAGGACCAGAUCAAGAGUAUUGUAACCUCCAUCAAAACUGCCUUCAUGGACGUCGCCGAUUUGCGCGUCGCGAUUGUGGGAUACAGGGACCACGAAGACGAUCCAAACAUCGAGUUUCUCGAUUUCACCCGGGAUACUAACGAAAUGCGCCGGUUCCUUAGCGGGCUGGAGGCGACCGGAGGUGGGGAUACUCCCGAGGACGUCCUAGGAGGGAUCCAACAGGCUCUCAAGGCGAAUUGGCAAAGCCAGACGCGGGUUAUCAUUCACAUCGCCGAUGCGCCACCGCACGGCCGUGACCUGAACGACCUAGAGGAAGGCGAGGACGACUACCCGAAUCCCGGGAGCGAGCCGCAUCGCCUCACUUACGAAAAGCUGAUUAAGCAGAUGAUCAAGUUCAACAUCCACUACACUCUGCUCCGUAUCCACAAGUUCACGGAUCGUAUGGCGCACGCCUUCUUCCAGGUGUACGCCGCUGCUUCGGGCGGGGCCUAUUGCAAGUUACACCCGUCGAACGUAUUCUACGGCCGACCGAGCGGCACUACGGAGGCUUCUAGGAACACAACCACCGCGACAGCCGUGCAGUUUCAAGAACUGGAACUCGGCAUUUCGCUUCAUGAUCUAAAGGGAUUGGUUCUCCAAAGUGUCACAACCUCGGCCAGCAUCGUCGGUACACACCUCGCUGCACUUUCGACAUCUAGGGCGCUGAUUCCAAGACUCUUUGGCCCUAGCAGUGUUCGGCUGGAGACUACCCCCCCACGAUGGGAUGAGGAAGGUUGGCUGGACCAGACACUGGUUGUGGAGGCUUAUUUCCCGGAUGUCGUGAUUGACGGCCGCGUCUACCUCGAUGACAUGAUGAAGGACGACGAGAACAUCAAGAUCACCACAACGAAUCUCACCAUCCAUAUGCGGUCUCGGCCGUUUGAUCAAGGUGCAAUACGCUUCGCGUCAUACGCCCGGACCGAAGCUUCCACAAACAAGCUCGUCGUCAAGACCUUCAAAGACGGCGGCAAGAAGAAACUCGCGCAUCUGGUCGAGGACAUGCGUUGCCAGGCACUAUGCAAGGCGUUUGCAUUCGAAUUCAACGCUCUGCUAAAGUUGGAGUACUCUCUCGAUUUCGUCAUCGCCGCUUGCUUGAAGCCCAAAGGUCCAGGUAGUAGCGGCAAGUUGAUGUCGCUGGAACCCUUCAUCAAAGGCAAUUACAUCAAAUAUUCGUCAAAUUUUGGAUUCGUAGCCGAUCUCCCAGGCGACAAGAUCAACAUGGCGGCUCAGGCAUUUUCACACUUCACGUUUGAGAGGUCGCGAGGCAAUUUCCUUACGCGUGAUCCGCGCCAGUUCGGCUUGAGCGAGACCAACGCCGGCGAGAGUGGCAUUAUGGCCUUCUUCGCUACACAUAAAUGCAACAGCAUCUGUCGGAAAUUAGGUCUUCGAAGCGAUAAGACGUGGCGCGAGCUUAUUGUGGUCAAGAGAGCACACGAGACCGCCGUGAUGAUUUACUCGAAAUCCGGCUUUACGGUUUCCACGAUCCCGGUUCUCCACAAUGCCGUCAAAUCCAUCAUCUUCAGGUGCGCCGAGCUCCUGAUGGCGUUCUUCAUCUACAAAGUCUUCUCCUUUUUCGCCGCACGUUCGAACCAAUUCACGUCCUACCUCAUGUUUGCCGAGGAUUAUAUCCAAAGGCUCCUAUUCCUCACGAACAGGGGCCUCUCACGCGCCGGUCUCAUCGUGUUCUUUAAAUGA